CCCUGCAGGGAGGCCAAGUGGGAGGGCGGAGGAGGGAGGAGGCUCGGUUGAAGCUACAGAAGAUAACAACCAAGCAGUAACAGGUGAACUCCUCCUGACUGGGUCCCCGAGCAGAGACGAGCUGGACAUGGCAGAGUACAAACCGAAGGUGAUAUCUCUUACCAAGAGGCCGGGUCAGACAUUUGGCUUCUAUCUGAGGCUGGAGCAUGGCGAAGAGGGUCACCUGGUUCGCUGUCUGGAUAUGGGAGGACCGGCUGAACUGGCAGGCAUGAAAGAUGGAGACCGCAUUAUCCGGGUCAAUGGAACAUUUACUGAUGAACUGUCCCAUUCAGUGGUGGCGGACCUGGUGAGAAACAGUGGAGCCUCUUGCACGUUCCACAUCCUGAAUGAAGCCUCCUUCAAGCAGGCAAAAGCAGAGGGAGUAAACUUGUCCAAGCCUCAGAACACGUCGGUCGCAAAUGGUGUCGCCAAACAAGUUCCAAAUCCAAAACUCUGCUACUUGCUCAAGUCCAGCUCCGAAUACGGGUUUUCUCUUCGCUCAGACAAAAGUGAGCCUGGUUUGUUUAUGACGGCGGUGACCCCAGGAAGUGUGGCUGACAGAGCCGGGGUCAAAGCCAACGACCGCCUGUUGGAAGUCAACGGAGAGACCGUGGAAGACUCCACACACGACCAAGCUGUGGACAAGAUGAGACUGGCAGGGGCCAACAUUAUGUUCCUAUUGGCUGAUGAGGAAACAGUCAUGUACUAUCAGAGCAAGCGGAUGAAGAUUGAAGCCUGUUUAGCCACGACCAAGUACCUCCCUCACAAGCCACGCAUAAUCAAAAUUACCAAAGGACCUGAUGGGUAUGGCUUCUUGCUAAGGGAGGAGCCCAACCAAACAGGACACUUCAUCAGGGACAUAGACAGAGGCAGCCCAGCAGAACGAUCAGGUCUGAAGGACAUGGACAGACUGGUGGCUGUGGAUGGCGAGGACAUGGACAGAUGCACGCAUCAGCAGGUAGUGGAUAAGAUCAGGCAGAGUGGCAAAGAUUGCUACCUCCUGGUGGUGGACAAAGACACGGAUCAACUUUAUGGGCAGGGGAAAGUGUCUCCUAUGCUUUUCUGGGAGGAGAUGAAGGGUUCCAAUUCACCACCCAGUUACACAGAGGCCAUCAAUUUACCUGCUACCGUCCAACAAGCAUCACAAGUCCAGGUGAGGGAAGAGGAGCACAAGCCCAAACUCUGUAAGAUGGAGAAGACCUCAGCUGGAUAUGGCUUCCACCUUAAAGGCAUCCAAGGAUUGCAUGGACAGUACCUUGAGGUGGAGAAGGGUGGAGCGGCUGACAGGGCAGGCCUGAACGACGACGACGUUGUGGUGGAGGUGAACGGUGUGAAUGUGGAACAGAGUACCCAUGAGGAGGUGGUGGAGAUUAUUCGCGACAGUGGCAGCUCUCUGGAGAUGCUGGUGGCUAAAAAGAGCGUCUAUCACCAGCUCACGGCUAAAGGAGUGAGCAUCACACGGCUGCUACUUGAGGAAACAUCCUAUGCUCAAGUUCAUAAUCAAGAGAGCAAGGAGGAGGCCAGACCUGAAACACCAUCUGGAACAGCAAGAGAGCGGGUCUCAUCAGUGACGUCAACUGCAUCUCACAACAGUUUCGACGAGAGGCUCUGAGACGUCACCUUGAGGACACAUUCCCUGAUUUGGCCUUUGUCAAUUUAACGUCGAUCCAUUGUUUGUUUUCCUUUAAAUCUUUCAAUUAAUAUCACAGAAGAGGCAAAGAAAAGCAGAACAAAGACAAUAAAGACUUCCUGAAAUUCACUGUCACCUAUGCACUGCAACUUUAAAAUCAAAAAAGAAAAGCUGCAUCAGCUGUAUGAAAAUGGAUAAGAACACUAACAUGCUCCUGAAAACUGUAGAGUAUGUGACAAUGCACCUUGAUGUUGGUUUCCAACCGAAUCAACUGACCAAAGAAGAUGAAAACUGAUAGAUCUACUUGUUGAUGAACCUGUGUGAUGAUAACUUACAUCUCUCUAUGAAAAGAACUGCUGUAAACAUACAGAACAAAAAUUCUGUAUGUUUACUUAGUAUUAGGAAAUGUCUUGUGUCUUCUGUUGUGCCUGUGCACUUUAUAUGUCUCACUGUGGGAGAGUGGGAAACGUUGUAUCGAUUCCUUGUAUGUUCUGAACAUGUAAGUAAUUGACAAUAAAGCUACUUUACUUUA